CACAACACACACAUGUGGCUGCGGAGACCGGAUCCUUCACAUGAGGUAUUAAGAAGAGGUCAGGGACAGCUAGGUUUGCUGGUUCAAGCUUCAAGCGAGUCCGUCCGUGUAUGGGCCUGUGUUAGUGUCCCAAUAGGAUGUCCCGUCAUGAAGGUGUGAGCUGCGACGCGUGUUUGAAAGGUAACUUUCGGGGGCAGCGGUACAAGUGUUUAAUUUGCUACGACUACGACCUGUGUGCCUCGUGCUACGAGGGCGGAGCCACGACCACCAGACACACGGCAGAGCACGCCAUGCAGUGUAUACUAACCAGGGUCGACUACGACCUGUAUUAUGGGGGAGAGUCCUUCUCGGUGGAGCAGCCCCAGGCUUUCACCUGUCCCUACUGUGGCAGGAUGGGCUACACAGAGACUUCUCUACAGGAGCACGUGACUGCAGACCACACAGAGAUCUCCUCAGAGGUGAUCUGUCCCAUAUGUGCUGUGCUGCCCGGCGGAGACCCUAAUCACGUGACGGACGACUUCGCUGCUCAUCUCACACUUGAACACAGAGCCCCCAGAGACUUGGAUGAGUCUAGCGGUGUGCGGCACGUGCGUCGGAUGAUCCACCCAGGUCGUGGUCUAGGGGGGCAGAGGGCCCGUCGAUCCAACAUGCACUUCACCUCGUCAACCUCCGGGGGGAGCUCUACCACACAGACCUCUACACAGAGCUCCAACUUCAACAGGGAGGCCAUGGAUCCUAUAGGAGAGCUGCUGUCCCAGUUGUCGGGGGUGCGUAGAUCGGCGGGCAGCCAGCUGAGUUCAGGUCAUUCAGCCUCCCAGCUACAGCAGCUCCAGAUGCAGCUCCAGGUGGAUUGGCAGCAGACCCAGGCUACCAGGCAGCAGUUGGAGACGGCCCGGGGCACCUCGCAACGCGGCAGCCGCACCUCCAACCACGCAGGGAAUCACAAUACCAACCCUGGCUCCAACUUCUUCAACAACCUUAGUCCCAACCCGGAGCAGCAGGAGCCCAACACACAGAGCAGCACAUCCCAGUUCCUUCUCAACAGACUGACUGAGCCGAGGUUGUCAGAGACGGAACACCAGCUAUGUGAGGGCCAGUGGGCGGACCGCUCUCUCUUCGUCACGGAGCUCCUCCUCUCCACCCUGCUGGCCAAUCCCGACCACAGCGAAGACGACGACGACGAUCUCCGUGACUACCACGAUGCCGUGACGCGAGGCUCGGAUGCCUUCGCCGCCUUCGAAGAUAUGGGCUGCGUUGGGGUCAUGACCCUAGACUUGGCUCUGCAGAACCUCAACCUCCGAGAACUGAAGAACGAGCAGCAUCCCCCGGCGUUGCCGUAGCGACCACUACAAAGUUUUUUUUU